UAUCACAAAAAUCUUGUUUGUAAAAAACUAUUGCUGUAGAUAUUAGACUAUGUAACUUAAUCAUUAUCUCUAGUAGUGUCACUGUUUUAUUCGUGGUUUGUUAUUUAAAUAUAGAUCUUGCAAGUUUCUGUUAUGUCAGCUUUGUGAUUCAAUUUUAUUAGACGACAGAGCUUUCAUCAGCAUGAGAAGUCAUUUGCACAGACAUGGAUAAAUAUGAGAGAUUGAAGAAGAUUGGGGAGGGAUCCUUUGGGAAAGCCAUCCUGGUCAAGUCAAGGACAGAUGGCCGACAAUAUGUUAUCAAGGAGAUUGGCAUCUCCAGGAUGUCAAACAAAGAAAGGCAAGAAUCGCGUAAAGAGGUGGCAGUUCUGGCUAAUAUGAGCCAUCCAAACAUUGUCCAGUACAAGGAAUCCUUUGAAGAGAGUGGUUGUUUGUACAUAGUAAUGGACUACUGUGAGGGAGGAGACCUGUUUAAGAAGAUCAAUAAUCAGAGAGGGACUCUAUUCCCUGAAGAACAGAUUCUUGACUGGUUUGUGCAGAUCUGCCUGGCUCUGAAACACGUACAUGACCGCAAAAUCCUACACAGGGACAUCAAAUCACAGAAUAUUUUUCUGACCAAAGAUGGUACCAUACAGUUGGGUGACUUUGGAAUCGCUAGAGUUCUGAACAGCACCGUGGAGUUGGCGCGGACAUGUAUUGGCACACCUUACUACCUGUCACCAGAGAUAUGUGAAAAUAAACCAUACAACAACAAGAGUGAUAUCUGGGCCCUGGGAUGUGUCCUAUAUGAAAUGUGCACGCUUAAGCAUGCAUUUGAGGCCGGAAACAUGAAGAACCUGGUGUUGAAAAUCAUCCGUGGUUCGUACCCGCCUGUUUCCGUGCAUUAUUCCCAAGACUUGCGCUUUCUUCUGGCCCAGCUGUUCAAGCGCAACCCCCGAGAGAGACCCUCCGUCUCAGCCAUUUUGGACAAGCCUUUUCUUGCUCGCAGGAUUCACAAGUUUCUCAGUCCUCAGAUUAUUGCUCAGGAAUUCAACCACUCACUUCACCUUAAUCAGCCUAAAAUGAGUGUGGCCCAGGGUGCACCAGCCAAACGCCCUGCCCCAGGCCCCAUCCCCAUCUCCCCAGCUCAGAAAAUCACAAAGCCAGCAGCCAAAUAUGGAGUGCCUUUAACAGUCCGAAGACCGUCUGAUGCAAUCAGAAAGGUCCCAGAUGCAGCAAAGAAACCAGUCAAACUCAAGCAGGCUCCCCCUCCUGCAGCAGCUCAGAGGAGAGUGAGUCGAGUGGAGGAGGAGAGGAGGAAGCAUGAGGAAGGAGUGAGGAAGAAACGGAUGGAGAUGAUGGAGAGGGAAAGAAAGCAAAGAGAACAGAUGUUGUUACUGAAGGCUGCUCAGAUGAAGAGAUUUGAGAGGGAAAAGCUGAACCGAAUCAACCGGGCUCGGGAGCAGGGCUGGAGACAUGUGCUCAGUUCUAGUGGAGGCAGCAGUCCUGAGCGAAAGUAUUAUGGAGGUGGUGGCGGCGGGGGCAGUAUCGGAGCACCACAUUCCCAUGGAAUAGGCCCAUCACCUGUGCCUGGCCCCACCCCUAUUCCUACUCCUGCUCCUGUUUCUGCUUUAGCUCCAACCAGAGCUGCAUAUGACCAUGUCCACCCAGCAGCUGAAAAACCAUCCAAACCUACACCUAAAGAUGUUGCUGGAGAAGGAGCCAAGUCUUCAGUGGACAGUAGCAGCACUGCUACAGACUCAGGGUCGCUGAAUGGUCAUGCCUGCAUUCCUGUUAAGGAUGCUGUCAGGAAAGAACCACGCAAAGCAAGUCUCCAAAACGAGCAGACUGCGAGGAACGACUAUGCCAAUAGGUUUCGAGGUCAGCUAGCGGCAGAGAGGGCUAAGCAGGUGGAAGAGUUUCUACAGCGGAAAAGAGAAGCCAUGCUGAAUAAAGUCCGUGCGGAAGGACAGCUGGGGGCCCGGCAAAACCUGGCCGCCAUCUUUGCAAGCUGGACAAACUCCUCCCGAUGCAGGAGACCCCAAGUCAACAAAGAGGAGGAGGAGUACUUGGCGAGAUUACGACAGAUCCGACUACAGAACUUUAAUGAACGCCAGCAGAUCAAAGCACGCCUCAGAGGAGAGAAGUAUGAUAGUGAUGGCUCAGACAGUCAGGAGUCCUGUGAAGAGGCAGCAGUCCUCAGGAGGAAGAAGAUUGAGGCUUUGAAGGCCCAGUCAAAGGCUCGUGCUGCUGUACUUAAAGAACAGCUGGAAAAGAAAAGAAGAGAAGCAUAUGAGAGAGAGAAGAAAGCAUGGGAGGAUCAUCAGCUUGUUGCACGAGGAGUAAAGGUUGCUGUUGGAGCUGUGGGUGGAGCUCCAUCUCCUGCAGUCCCUGCCACUCAGCCAUCUGACUCCACCCCUCAGGAAGAUGCUUCCAAAGCCACACCCUCCUCUAGACCCACCACUCCAGCCAUCUCCAUGACUGCUGCUCUGAAGGAUGUGGGAGCGAUUUCAUCAGGACAGAGUUCUCCUAUGAAAGAGGACUCCCUUAAAGCAGAAACACCAGGUGGACAGAGUGACAAGAAGGAGAUUCUUCGCAGACUAAAUCAGAAGGUCCAGACCACUGAGGAAGAUGCUGUGAAAGAUGCCACACCUGGCAGCAGUGCAUCAUGCCCAACUCCUCAACAGAUCCAGCCUUCCAUCAUAGAGGAAAGACCUCCUACAGCUGGUGAUAGAAAGAAAUGGGAAGCUGUAGCUCCACCCAUAUUGUCUGUAGCUGAACAAACUCUGGAGGAGACCUGUGCAACUCUAGCAGUUUCUCAGGUGGCAUCUCCAGAGACAAAUGAACCCCCUGGUGGAGACAGGAAGAAGUGGCAGACUGAUGGUGCCCCUCUUCUGUCUGUGGCUCAGCAGACUCUGGAAGAAACCAGCUUUACAACAGCAGGUCAGCUAACAGAAAAAACAGCAGGUGAAGUCAUUCGCAUGGAUGCUUGGCAGGGGGAGGGGCUAAGGAAGGCUUGGGGGCGGAGUCCAGACUCAGAGGUUCUGAAGGUGUUGGAACAGGCAGAGCUCCAGUCCUUUACCCAGAAACUAGAUACCGCCAGCACCUGUGACCACACACUUACUGAAAGCCUUAAUCUCAUUGAAGAGUCUUCAGAUGUCACUCAUGAAACCAAACAAGUGCCUCUUCCUCAGCCGUGCCAGCCUGCCAUUGGCCUUGCCAAACAAGAAGUGACAUGUCAGGAGACAGUGCCAAUCACAGGAGAAGUUCAAAGUCAGGAACUAAUCCCACCAACACAAGAGGAGAUACAAAAGACUCAGUCUGGAGAAAGUGAGGAAGAGGUGGUGGAUGAUAUGGAGUCAGUAGUUCUGGAUGAAGCCUCUCAGCAAACCUCAAAGCCGCCCCCAGCAGAUGUAAUGCAAGCAUGGACAAAUGACACUCCAGUGUCUCAGCCAGCAGAGGGCAGAGUAAUACAAGCAGAGUGCACAGAGAUAACGCAAAGAGAAGAGAAACAGCCUGAACCUGCAGUAGAAGAGUCUCUGUUUGUGAAGCUAAGCAGUAGUCCAGCUCACAGACGUACAGUAGCCUUGGCCGUCCUGUCUGCUCAGUCCUCAUUGGAAGACUCUUCCUCCGUCGCCUCGCGUUCCCGCUCUGUCUCUCCACUGCGCUCCCAACGGCAUGACGACGCACUUCUCAUCGGGCUCUCCACUGGCCUCUUUGAUGCAAACAACCCAAAGAUGCUGAGGACGUGCUCCUUACCAGAUCUCAGUAAAGUUUUCAGUGAUUCUGCAGAACCUGAAAGUGCAGUCGCUCCUGACAACAACCUGGAGAUUGAAGAUCUUGAGGAUAAAGCGGAUGAGCAGUCUGAACCCGAGGAUGUGUAUGAGGAUGACGAUUUGAGGGAGCUCAGAGCAUCUAUGGAGAGGCUCCUCCAGGAGCAGCGCAGUGAUGAUGAAAAUGAUGAGGAGGAGGAUGACGGUGGUGGAUCCAACGGCAGCCCCGCUGAUGAAGAAGCAGCUGGUCUUAAUGGGCUGGCUAGUGUUGGUGAUGACAAACGCAGUCCAGAGGAGGAGUGUUUUAAUGGAAUGGCUGAGGAAGAUGAUGAUGUUAGCCAUGGUGAAGACGAGCCAGGAGGGCCAGUUACUAACGGAAUGGAGGUUGAAGAGGAUGAAGAGCAGAACAGCAGUGAAGGCCAGCUCAAUGAGGAGUGGCAUUCUGAUGACAGCGAGGAGGAGGACGAUGAAGACCUAGAGCAACAGGACAGUAUCUUCAGUCGUCUGGAGGAGCUGCGGUUCCAUCUAGAGCAGGCCAUGGGCUUUGAGAACUUCAUUCAAGCCUACAACAAGAUCAAGGCUAUUCAUGAGGAUGAAGAUGAGAACAUUGCAAUGGGCUCCAGCAUGGUGGAAAACAUUUUGGGAACUGAGCACCAGCACUUGUAUCCUAAAAUCCUCAAUUUGGUGAUGGCAGAUGGAGCUUACCAGGAAGAUAAUGAUGAAUAGAAGUUAUUCAUCCGUGCCGUUGGCAGCCUUGGACAAUCUGCUGGCAGGCUGAAGUGUUCCCAUGAUGCACUCUGACAGGCUGAGGAGGUGCAUGUGGGGGAAGUGGGGAUUGAGAGAGCGGGGGGGAAAGGGGAAAUGGGCCACUCAAGCAUGGGCAGUUUAGAGUCCACGGUUGACUGUAGCUCUACUUCCAUAUCCCAAGUCACCGAAGCACUACUCUGUAAAUUUUGUGCAUAUAAAUGUGCUGUGGAUAAUAAUAUUUAACCAAAGCGUAGCCGAGUGUUAGCAGACGAGAUGUAAGAAGUCUCAGACAGAGAUGUACACGCGAGUCCUCCUAGCUGAUGACAGACUUUAUGUGAAAAUGCUGCUCGUGCUGUAUUCACAACAGCUGAAGCCAUGGAAACUGCUUUUUAAGGAUCUAGACUGGCCAGGGAGGUCUAGUUCAGGGGUCAGAGGUCAAUUAUCUGCCCAAUAUCAGGUGCUUGCACACAACAGGCAGCGGGUUCUAACCAGCUGUCUACCUCAGACAACAGAUCAGUCUAAAAAUACCAGUCUUCUCCAAUUUUUUUGAACCUCUUUUUCUACUUUUUACACAUGGUUUACAUAACACGCUCAAAUUAUUUUGCCUCUUUCAAGAUUUCUUACCGGUAAAUCUUAAAGCAUUAUUUCAGGACUUGGCGAAACUGUUAUUUAGGAAGAUUGUCUGGAGUUACUAUGCAGAUGAAGUGCUUAUUUUUUAAUGUAAUGGUUCACCCCAAAUCACCCUCAUGCCAUUCCAAAACUGUAUGAUCUUCGGUACAACGUAAAAUAACCACUUUUCCAAUGGAAAAACAAUGGAGGCCUUAAUGACUUUGGACCCCAUUGACUUUCAUUGUGAAGAAUAAGUCAUACAGGUUUGGAACUACACGAGGGUGAGUAAAUGAUGGAAUUUCUCACUCUUGGGUGAACUAUCACUAUAAGAGCAUUUGUGAAUGCUGUGCACAUGCUUUAUGCAUGUUGUAUUCGGCUGCACCUCAGUGGGUUGUAUUAAAUGACCUCUUUGUUUUAGUUGCUGGCAAAAUGUGGUACUUGAAAGUGUAAAAAUUGUUAAAUAAUUUGCAAGCAUUACUGUUUGUUUGCAUGUCCGAAUAUGUAUAUCUUUGUACUGAAUAAUAAAACUUUUUCUUUUCUUUU